AAGUUGUAGGCUGACUUCACGUCGUGAAGCGCGAGUGUGCGCGUCAUAAACCCGUUAUACCCACAGAACCCGCGGAGCGGGAUUCUGGACGAGAAGCCCCCGGACGAGAACCUGCCGUGUGGACAUCGGCAGGGCGACAAACGGAGGAGUUGGGUUUGAUCGAAUCGAUAAGGCAAGGGCCUCCAUGUCGGAGCGCGUAAACGCGACUUCACCAGACCAAGCGUCAACGUGACCGUGUGCACCACAUCUCGAUCGUCACUGUGGAAACGGUGUCGUGCGCGGGGAGAAACUGCGCAGCCGUGCGUGUGAUGAGCUGCUUCGGGUAAAAUGAUGGCUGCAUGUUGAUGGGAAGCAUCGAGCCACUGAUACAGCAGAAGCAGUCAUUGAUUGGGUUCACGAACUGUAAGAAAAUGGUGGAAAGUUACUGUAUUGGUGUCCCAUUGCUGCUGUGACAGAUUGCCACAGACUUAAUGACUUCAAACUGCACAUUUCUGCCUGCCAGUGCUCUACCCCCCUGACUGAGGACCCUCAAGAGGGAAAAGGAUGCCUGCUGUAAGAGGGAACUCCAGAUCCAAGGCACCAGUGACAUUUGGGGACUUGGCCAUCUACUUCUCCCAAGAAGAGUGGGAGUUGCUGAGCCCCAUACAGAAGGAUUUGUACAAAGAUGUCAUGCUGGAGAACUAUCAGAACCUGGUCUCACUCGGUCUUUCCUUUCGGAGGCCAAACAUCAUCACCUUACUGGAAAAAGGGAAAGCACCUUGGGUAGUGGAGCCAUCAAGACGACGCCGGGGCCCUGACUUAGGGUCUAAGAGUGAGACCAAGAAGUUACCACCAACUCAGUGCAACAAAUCUGAGCAAAGCAUCUAUCAGAAACCAGUUUCUUCACAACAAAAGAUUCCCACAGGGAAGAGGGAAAAUUCAUUUCUAAGAAAACCCAAGAAAGGACAUUCAGGGAAGAAAUCUUUAAAAUGCAAUGAUUGUGGGAAAACCUUUAGUCGAAGUUUCUCUCUCAAACUUCAUCAGAACACCCACACUGGAGAGAGACCUUAUGAAUGCAGUAAUUGUAAAAAAGCUUUCAGACAAGUCUCAUCCCUUAUUCUUCAUCAGAGAAUUCACAAUGGACCAACACGCUAUGUAUGUGAUGAAUGUGGAGAAGUUUUCAAUAAAAAAACAGGCCUUAUUCUGCACAGGAGAAUUCAUAGUGGAGAGGGAACUUUUGAUGGCGGGAAGGCCUCAAGCUCAUGCCCAGCUCUCAGUGGACAUCACAGUGUGUGUGUUGUUGAGACUGUCCGCCAUUGCAGAGCAUGUGGGAAAGCCUUCAGACGGAGGUCAUCACUUCUACUUCAUAAGAGAGUUCACAGAAGAAAGAAAACACAGAAAUGCACAAAACGGGGUAGAGGCUUCAAAAAGAAGCCAUCCCUUGUUCUACAUAAAAGAACUGGAGAGAAACCCCCCAAAAGUGAGAAGGCUUUAAUUCAGAAUCUACAGCAGAAAAGUCAACACUUAGAGAAUCCCUUUAAGUGCAGAAAAUGUGGGAAACCCUUUAAUAGGAUUUUACCCCUUAUGCUUCAUCAGAGAAUUCACACUUCAGGGAAACCCUACAAAUGUGAGAAAUGCAAGAAGGACUUCAGACGGUUGUCAACCCUUAUUCUGCACCUAAGAAUUCACAACAGAGACAGACAGUACAGAUGCAACAAGUGUGAGAAGGUCUGCAAUCGGCAUUCGUCCCUUAUUCAACAUCAGAAAGUCCAUAAGAGGAAGAAGAAACUCUUUGAAUGUAAGGAAUGUGGAAAGAUGUUUUCUGGGACUGCUAACCUGAAAAUCCACCAGAACAUCCAUUCUGAGGAGAAGCCUUUCAAAUGCAAUAAAUGCAGUAAGGUUUUUGGUCGCCAGUCAUUUCUUAUUGAACAUCAAAGAAUUCAUACUGGAGAGAAACCCUACCAAUGUGAAGAAUGUGGGAAGGCCUUCAGUCACCGCAUAUCUCUUACUCGACAUAAGAGAAUUCAUACUGAAGACAGACCCUACGAAUGUGAUCAGUGUGGAAAGGCCUUCAGCCAGAGUGCACACCUUGCCCAGCAUGAAAGAAUCCACACUGGAGAGAAGCCGUACACAUGUAAAACCUGUGGGAAGGCAUUUAGUCAGCGCACAUCCCUCAUCCUACAUGAAAGGAGUCAUACUGGAGAGAAACCCUAUGAGUGUAAUGAGUGCGGGAAGGCAUUUAGCAGUGGCUCAGACCUCAUUCGACACCAGAGAAGUCAUUCUUCAGAGAAACCAUACGAAUGUAGUAAAUGUGGUAAGGCAUACAGUCGAAGUUCAUCCUUGAUUCGACAUCAGAACACACAUUCUGAAGAAAAAGCCUAAGGUGUUAAAUCUGUAAAAGCUAAGUUUGAGGCUAUCAAGGAAGGCAUUCAGAGGCAUGGGAAAGUGUACAGGUGUUGCUUCACUUAUGAUGGGGCUGUAUCCCUGUAAACUCAUCGUAAGUUACAAAUAUUGUAAAAAAGCAUUUAAUACAUCUGACCUUUGGAACAUCAUAGCUUAGCAACAUCGUACAAUGUAGAGUAUCAGUUGCUAACCCUCAUGAUCUCGUGGCUUACCUGAAGCCAGCUGACUGCUGCUAUCCCUCAUCAUGUGAGUAUUCUACUGCCUAUCACCAGGCUAGGAAAAGAUCACAGUUUGAAGUACAGUUCAUAGUGAAUGUGCAUCGCUUCUGCACCAUUGUAAAGCCGAAAACUCCUAAGUCCAGCCAUCAUAAGGUAGGUCUGUAUUUAAGUUUCAUAUAUAUGGAACAUUUGAUGAAGUGCCCCAGGUUGGAAGCCAAAGUACAAAAGUAAUUGGUAACCUUAGACCUGAGGAUUUGAAAUCAAGUGAAGCAUGCUCAGAAGGCCAAUCAGUCUUGGUGAAUGAAGACUGUUUCUCACAGUGCAGUAGUGAAGAUAUUUCACUCCCACCUACCACAGAAUCGAAUUGUGAAGUCCAUUUUUGUGGAUUGGAUUUUGAACCUGAUUUAAUGUCACAUGAAGGAAGAGUGUGAGUCUGUCUCAGAACUAGAACCAUCAUAUAGAAGGGACUUCCUGGAAAAACAGGGUGUGACUUUCAACUAACUGAAACACAAAUAAGAAUGGAGAAGAAUGGUUAAGAUAUUGCUCAUAAUGGUAUGGAGCAGUGCUCAUUACGGAUGUCCCUGUGGAUAUGAGGAUAUGGUGUGAAAAUCAAAUAUGCCCAAGACAGACUAAGGGGAAAGAACCAGGAGGUACUGAAAAAUGAGGACCUUGAGAGCAGGCAGAAAUUGUUAUUUUUUUAUUUGAAAACAAAUUAUAUUUAUAUAAAUAAAUGUUGGUAUUUUCAUGUAAUAACACUAGUCUUUAGUGAGUGACUAGUGGAAUAUGUGUUGUUACGGACUGAAUAUGUUACCACCACAAAAUUGAUACAUUGCCGCCCAAACCUCCCGUGUCAUGGUACUUGGAAAUGGGCCUUCUGUGAGGCAGUUAGGAUGAGAGGAGGUCAGGACCAUGGGGCCUUCUUGAUGGGAUUAUUGCCCUUUGAAGAAGAGAUGGUCUGCACUGUGUGAGAAUACACCAAGCAAGAAGAGAGCCCGCUCCAGGACCUGACUAGGCUGACACCUUGAUCUCGGACUUCCAGCCUCCAGAACCAUGAGAACUUAAUUUCUGCUAAGUCACCCCAGGUAGUAUGUUGUUAUGGCAGCCUGUGAAGAAUAAUGCAGUGGAGAACUCCUGGGUUUUUAUGUGGGACUCUUCUCCUUUCGGCUGGUCACCAUCUGUAAUAACACUUAGCACCUUUCCAUCUGUGUGAACUGUGUAAGAAAUAAACUCAUAGUUCUUUUAUGUGGUUAGACUGUACACAAGCUCUUCUGUAUAAGUUUUCCUUCUGUGAAAGCUACUUUUGAGAACAUCUGUAUCUUGUUAAGACAACUUUAUAGAAACAUAGACAUGAGGUCAGUCUACCUUUGACCACAUGUGAGAAAACAGUGAAGUUGUGAGGUGUACAUGCAUGGCAGUGUACUUCUCAGUCACACUUGUGUGGAAGAUAAUCACUUAAAUGCUUUAAAAUAAAUAACUACUUGGAGCAACCGGCACAGAGAAGGCUCAUGGAGAGGCAUGUUUUUUCUCCUUCUCUUUAUACACACACCCACACUGCCUCCCCUGCCUUGUUAAUUCCUCGCCCAGUGUCUCUUAUAAGUUGGUUCCAGAUCAAUAGUAAUACAUCUGAAUAGUGGGGAGGGGCAGGAGGAUGACCUGCCCACAGUCACCUGCUUUUUCAACCUUACCUCACUGCCUGUUGCAUUUCUCAACCCUCUUGGGGAUUUCAGGAGUGCGUUGGGAUAGCAAAAUAAAACUAACUUGGAAUUGGUUGUUGAGAAUUGCUUAUCCUUGCUGCCUUAUUUCUGACCUAGUCAA